ACGAGCGGAGCGGAGUUGUGUGAACUGCUGCUUUGCUUGCUCGCUCGCUCGCUCUUCCCAUUCUUUGGUUCCUCGCUGCUCUAAGGCUUAGGGUUCUUCGUUUACGCGUUUCUUUCUCUCGUUGUUUGCGUUUGUUUUAGAAAUUUUGUAAUAGUCGAAAGACUAAGAUCAUCACUGUUUACAUAACAAAUGGAUGAAGCAUUGGAUUUGGAUGAAGCACUGGAUUUGGAUGAGAAUGCUUCUGGAAAUGACAGCGAUGUUUCGUCAGUCGCGAGCAAUCGUUAUGAUGAAGAGAUUAUCCCUUGGUUUUUUACAAGAGAAGAUAUCGAAACAGCCUCACCUUCGAGGCGAGAUGGUAUUGAUUUGAAUAUGGAAAAUAGCCUACGCAACUCUUACUGUGCCUUUUUGGAUAAUCUCGGCCGAAGAUUGGAACUUCCCCAGGUAACGAUAGCCACUGCUACAGUAUUCUGUCACCGAUUCUUCAUUCGUCAAUCGCACGCCAAGAAUGACAGAUGGACAAUUGCAACAGUCUGCAUGCUCCUAGCUGGGAAGGUUCUGGAAACUCCAGUGGCUUUAAAAGACGUUAUUAUUGCCUCUUAUGAGAUUAUACACAAGAAGGAUCUUUCGGAUGCUCAGAAAAAGGAAGUAUAUGAGCAACAGAAAGAGCUUGUAAUAAGUGGAGAGGAGCUUGUUCUUUAUACAUUAAACUUUGAUCUCUAUAUUAGUCUCCCUUAUAGACCUCUUGUCGAAGCAAUUAUGAGGUUUACGGUUGACGAUGCUAAGACCGAUCUUGCCCAACUUGCAUGGAAUCUUGUCAACGAUUGUCGGCGGACGACUCUCUGCCUGCAGUAUAAGCCUGAUCACAUAGCGGCUGGUACUCUUUUCCUUGCUGCUGAGCUCCUAAAAAUGGACUUACAAUCAUAUGGAGAGGUCUUGUGUCAAGAUUUUGAUAUCCCAGCUUGUCAAUUAGAGGAUAUUCGAGGCCAAAUACAUGAAAUUUAUGAGAGAAUUCCUACAUCUCAAGAAAGCAAAGCUGAAAGUAGUGGUGGUGUAGCUGUAGUGCAUCAACCUUUAUCCAGAGAUAUGGCUUCCACAGAUAAGUGUCCAAGUUCUGAUAUCGAAGUUGGCUCAUCGAAAGUCAAUCUAAGCCAGAGCGAUGAUCGAGAUGACCAUUCUGUUCAUACAAUAAUUGUUGAGACAAGUGAUAAUGCUGCGGUCAGCCAAUUGGAGAAAGACUUGCAAGUGCUUCAAGAGGAGGUGGAUUAUGCUAAACAAGAGAAAGAUAAGAAGUCCUUUGACAAAGAUAUACAGAAGAGGGAUUUGAUGGAUGAGAAGGACUUGAGUAAAAGAGAAGCAGAAGAAGAGGAUAGCAUUACGAGAAGACAAAGCUUGAUGAACCCUGAUGACAACAGGAGUGUGGAACACAGUGAGCUUCUAGAUGCAAACCACUCAGGUGUUGAUGGCUGAUGCCUCUCUCUGAUGAAUGACAGUGAUAUAUGAAAGAAUUGAAGAUGGUGAAAUAUUGGUAUAGAUUUUCAGCUGACAAGAACUGGGUUUUGGAGAGACGACUAUUGGGAAGAGCUUAUAAGUAAAAGAGUUUUGGAGAGACAAUUUAUUUUAUGUUUUCUCCAAAAGAAAAGACGAUGGUUUUGGUUUCAAGAUUUUUGGUAGAUCAUCAGGACUUUAAAAAUCUUGUCUCUGUCCACUAGUUUUAACCCUAGGAAUCUGUAAAUAAUAAAUGCAUGUACAAAGUUUCUUUUUUUUGCCUUAU